CCCAAUUACUUGUUCAUUUGGAGAUGGAGACUUCCAUCCCCAGGUGGCUAAUAGUGUUUGUCAGUAUUUGGCCUUCACGUGCUUCCCCUUUACUUUCUUGGUUCGACGUUGGCUUUAACAAGCGGCUGAUGCCGCAGUCAAAAUCAGAUAUAAACGCGACAGAAGAAGAUGCAAGGACCCCUAGAGCUUCUAUAAGCCCCCUAGCUCAUCGCUUUCCUCAGUAUCCCCCUGAGCCGGCGACUAGAGAGAAAAGCUCGACCAUCGACCUGCGUUCCAGCCGUACAAUUUCUCCUCAAGACGACGCGACCGCUCGACGACGCGCUCUCGUACUAGAUAGUUCAAGCGAGGACUCAAGACCCAAUAAUACGAUUGCUAGGCAAGCGCCGUCGAACAUGACCGUCA